GAUUCAUAACGCAGGGGAAGACGACGGGGGCGGCCGAGAAGAAAGGAGAGAAGGAAGAGAGGGCAUUUAGGGUUUCUUCGAUCUGAUCUGAGCCUCUUUCUGCCUCUCUCUCUCUCCCCCCCUCCCCACCCUGUUCUUCCCCAUCAAUUCCCCUCUCGGGCAUCCACGUUCACGCUGUUUCGUUCAUAGGAGAGGUAGAUGGGGAGGGACACCAAGUUGACGCUGUCGAGAUGGGAGGUGGCUGCGGCCGCUGGGGUGGUGGCGAGCUUCGGGAUGGGCUUGGUGGCCGUGUGCCUUUCGAUGCCUGCCUCCGACUACAGCUUCCUCAAAUUGCCUCGCACGCUCGAGGACAUCCAGGACUUGAGGGAUAAUCUUGAGAGUUACACAACUGACUACACCAUACAGGUUUUGGUUGGCUACUGUACCGUCUACAUCUUUAUGCAGACUUUCAUGAUUCCAGGGACCAUUUUUAUGUCCCUCCUUGCUGGAUCCCUGUUUGGAGUUUUGCAAGGUGUAGCUUUAGUUGUUUUUGCCGCUACAGCCGGUGCCUCUUCAUGUUAUUUCCUGUCAUAUUUGAUAGGGAAGCCCCUGGUCUUCUCCUUGUGGCCAGACAAGCUGAGUUACUUCCAAGAACAGGUUGCCCAAAGAAGAGAGAAGCUGUUGAACUACAUGCUCUUUCUCAGAGUCACCCCAACACUGCCAAACACUUUCAUCAAUGUUGCUUCACCCAUAGUGGAUGUGCCAUACCGCAUAUUCUUCAUGGCAACUAUCAUUGGACUCAUCCCAGCUGCUUACGUGACAGUCAGGGCUGGAAUUGCUCUUGGGGAGUUGAGAUCUGUGGCCGACCUUUAUGAUUUCCAAGCAAUAGCGACACUGUUCCUUAUAGGGAUUGUUUCAGUGACACCCACACUGAUAAGCAAAAAUCAUACGGUAGAGAAUGCUUAGGAAAGAACUUAAAGCUGACAAUGGUUAUGGAGUUACUCACGUUGUUGCUGGACCGACCAAACUGACCUAAAGUUUCCGAAAAAAUGGCAGGUAUUCUACAUCGUUGACCAAAUCCUCUGUUGUAAUAGGUGGCUGACAUCUGAAGAAGCAUAUACAAGAUAUGUAAAUACAUUCAGUUCAAUGUAACUCUUAUAUUUCAAUGGAUUUGAUUUUUCA